GAAAAGAUAAUGAUAUAAAUGUGUAGAUCUGAGUAACAAUGUGAAAUCUCACCGGUACCGUGGGUACCUGCCAAUAUAAUGUAGAUAGAUAUAUGAUAGAUACGGAUAUUCAGUGGGCGAAUAUAUAUUGAUCACCGUAAUUAACGCUAUAUGUUAUGGCUGCUACCGACUGGAAGCAAAUUUGGGCUCCCUUGCACGCACCUGACAACACUUCUUCUAGCUUUUCGCUGAUACACUGUCGACUCGGCAGAACUCGCUUCUUCGAGGCGCGCCCGGCGGCGGUCCACUUCUCUGGAUUUGAGGUUGGUCGCAAGCUCUCAGUAAAGUUGGAGGUACUCAAUAUCUCAGAGAUGGGGCAGCGGCUGUAUCUUGUCGUGCCGCAGAGCCCACAAUUCCGAGUACGCAAGUUUGCGAAGAAAGGGCAGAUCGCACCAGGCAUGGUAUACCACAGUGCUUGUUUAAUCUUUCAGUUUGGAAAUAAUAUGCGUGCAACAGGCAGAGCGAUUUUUCAUAGAUUUUAUACCAGACCAGUGGAGAUACUACUACGAAACUGUGCAUUUGAUUUCCGAGCAUGGGGAAACACUGGCUGUUCCCAUCCAUGCGUACCCAGUGAUGAAUCGAAUGUCUUUACCAACAGAGAUUGACUUUGGGGCUUGUGCUCUAUGGGACAGCGUAUUUAAAACUGUGGAAUUGGUGUGUGAUGUGGCAGCUGCUUUUGAGUAUCGUAUUACCUUAGUUAAGGCGCAUUCUCAAUUCAAAUUACUGACACCUCUGUCUGGGGUUGUUAAAGCUGACGAAUCUAUACAGCUCCGGAUAAGAUUUCGUCCCGUGACCUUAGGGACUUCUAGCAUGCAGGUUCUGGUUGAGAUAUCGCAAUUGGACAGUGAACCACAUCUCCUAAACAUCAUGGGUAACGCAGUACCUGGUGCAAGACGCCGGCAGGUCUUGGAUCUUGCGGGAAUAUAUCGAAUGAAUUCGGCACUGGGCAACAAAAGAGAUUCUGAAGUACAAUAUUGCACUGAUCACGAGACAAGCGAUAGUGGCCGUAAAGUCUCGAGGUAUAAAGCACCCUCUCGAGCAGAAUAUAUGGUCGAAGGCCUUAGAGUUCCAAGUGAGCUGCGAAUGGGCGACCAACGCAGUGCAAAUUAUAUCUUGACUCAAAGUCCAGGUAAACCCGUAUCAGAUGACUUGAAGCAAGCCACCAAUGCCCAACGAGCAAGCGGAGACCCCGAGAAGGGGAAUGUACCACAGACAAGGAUGGGCGACAAACUAGAAGACAAAGCCAUAUUAAAUUUUGCAGAAUUAGCCAGCACACUGCUUGAACUGAAGACUGUAGCAACAAAGAGUGAAGGAAAUAGGAGUCAUCUGGAUGAAAUCGCAUUUUUGCGCGGCUUGGCUGAUCUCAAUGUUGGAGAAAAGGAACGAGAAUUCAGAGGUUCGGAAGAGUCUCUUGGAGAGCACUUGCUUUCUGUCAAGGAAAGAGGCAUCGUUGAGUCUCAAGCCAACCGCAUCUCAAUCAAUUUAGACAACAAGCGUCGUUCUAAGCAGCGUUCGGUGGUUGGGCCAGUGAAGACUCGGUCGUGUCUAACUGCGAAUGCCAUUCGACCUGUCAGUGCACUUUCUUACCUCCAGAACAUUUCCGCCUCAACCUUUAAUCUGCUUGCCCAAGGCAUGUGGGAGAAGCGAUCCGCAGGUCUAAGGUUGCUGAUCGCUCUAAUUGGCAGGUGGAUUAUCCGGAAACGUGCAACUAAGCGUCUCCUAAGGGUCAAAGCAAGGGUAAACUACACUAAGGCCGAGAGAGAUGAUGCACUAGCCAACUGUGAGAUUAGAGGCUCCACAGGGUAUGUUGAGCAUAUAGCGAGUGGUAGUAAGCACAAUAAAUGUCCGCUGAGCCCUGGCACAAGUCCGUUAAAAAUGGAUCAUGCGCGACUAAUUAAAUACAUGCCAGAGCGUGAACCCAUUGACAUCGAGGCAAGCUUGAUAGCAUCCCACAUAUUCCCAAGAUAUGAAGAAAACGCCACCAUUGUAAGAGAGCCAAUAGUAGCCGGGGAAACCGAGCGCAUUGUUGUUCCAAAUUCCGACAAUCCAUUUUUCUGCACCUUGGACAGUAUCUAUGUCCAGGUUGCUUUCUACUAUCUAUCCAUGGGGCCAUCAAAAUACUGCUGUCACUUCCCAGUGGUUUUUGGUGGCAGCACUCGAGACGGUGCCGCCGAGGACCUACAUGUACGGACUUCUAGGGAAGUAAAGACUCCCUGGGACGUUUCUAAGACAAUGUUUGAAGAAGAAGCUACAAUGUCCAGCGCGCCCUGUGCUAGCUGGAAUUCAGCCAUUCUAUUGGAGGCUGAAGGUCACGACAACUUUGACAAGCCAUGGAGAAAUAUAUCUAUGCAUUUUUCACUCCAGAGAAAUCUAGCAGCCGUUAGCGGCUGGACAUACCUCAGGGACACGAGCUAUGAUGUAACUAUGCAAAAUCCAACCAAAGACGACGAGGCCUCUAGUACAUGGCCCCUACAACCUAUGCCGUUAAACCGCAAAUUGAGUCUAGCCGCAAGAGUUGCUGCAGCUAGGUUGGCAGCUACUGCAAACGCAUAUCCAUAUUACUGGCCUACAGUUUCAGAUCACUGGUGUCCGCGGCUGGAACGUCGCGCUUCAGGUCUCCAUUGCCUCUCGGGACAGUACCACCUCGGCUCCUGGGCUGUUGAAUCUGCAAUGCCGCGCCCGCUCUUGGGUUCUGACGUUGACGAUGCGCUAUCGGAAUCAGAAUCAGAGGACGAGUCUGUUUAUUCCCAGGUCUCUCUUACCACUGACAAGCAAUGCAGGUCCAUGUUUCGUGAUGUCCAACCGGCUUCAAGGCAGCAGCCUGGAAGUACUGAACACUGCUCAGGACUAACUUCUUCAAUUGUCUCAGAUCUUCCUCGGGACCGUGCUCAUCUUGAACUUGUCCGUAAAAAGCAAACCCACCGCACAAUGGCCGAGUCGCUCCUCAGAAUACGAACUGGCUGGGUUGCAGACUGCAUUCGCUGCCCUCUUCUUCGUGACCAGUUUGUCAAUACUAGCAGUGGCACUGGCAUGGGAAAAGCCUGACAGGGCAAAGUGGAUCAUUGUGGUGGGUGGAUGGGUCUAUGGGUUGGUAAAAGCUGGAGGAAAGUUGCUUCGUCCACUCGCAGCCGAAUGAUCCUGUUGAGUGGCUGUAGUUCGAGUGACUUCUUGACUUCUAGUAGUACUGCCACCCUCUACUUCCACCCACUAGUAGUAUAUGACUUUCGGCCCAUUUUACACCAAAACGGACGCUCACGGGAAACCCGUUCGCUAAUCGUUUUGAUGAAAAAUGAGCCGAAAGUCAAUUAUAUCGAGACCGAAAUCCAUGGUUCUGGGCGGUCGAUUUUGGGGGUCUAAUGAUUUCUAGUAUAUUUCAUGAACUUGAAUAGGGGGUAUUUUCGAAUAUAUAGUUGAGUUAGUCCCACCA